UGAAAGGGCCAGGUGAGGAGAAGACUCGGGUGCCUCUCUCUCUCUCUCACCGUCAUUCUCUCGCUCCCUUACAUUGUUUUGCGACACAAGCAUUUGGAACGUUGGAGGAGACCAUCCCUCUUGGAGCUGAUGUACACCAUAGCAACCUUUUGGAGGCUGAGGUCUGGGGCAUCGACAUAAAUGUCUUAUCCGAUUCUUCAGAUGAAGCAUUCUUAAUCAAAGUGUACUGGAUAUGGAGUAGGAUCGAGAGGAAGAUGAGUGGGAAUGACAUGAUUGGGCUAAUGUAUGGCACUGUUCAAACUAUACAAUGCAAUCUGAAUGUUAAGUGCGAUUAUUUUGCCAUUAUACUAACAAUACUGACUCCAGUGAGCCCUGUAACUGGGCUGCUUUAGGUGGGAGAGAAUGGGUGAUAAGCCCAUGAAGGCAACUUCUGCCCAUUAUCCAUAUCUCAUUCUCUCAUGGAUCUUACUGUCUCUUUGUGGAACCAUUCCCUCACUGGCCACCUGCAGCCCAACACCCCUCGGGCCAAUGGCUCAGGUGUGACACCGCCCAGUGUCAGGGCUCUCUACCAAACACUGGCCCUCUGCGCUAUGGUGCUGAUGGACGUCCUGGCUGUGGUGGGCAACCUGGCCAUCAUGGCGGCAAUUGCACGGGCACCGUGCCUGCACAAGUUCGUCUUCGUCUUCCAUUUGUGCCUGGUGGACCUGCUGGCCGCCCUGGUGCUGAUGCCCCUUGGCAUGCUGACGGAGCAGGCCUUUUUCAGCGAGGCUGUCUGCCAGGCCUACCUGUGCCUGGGCAUGGGCCUCGUUAGCGCCGCCAUCCUCACCAUCUCUGCCAUCAAUGUGGAGCGCUAUUACUACGUCGUGCACCCCAUGCGCUACGAGGUUAAAAUGACCAUGGGACUGGUUGUUUCAGUUCUGGUGGGUAUAUGGAUCAAAGCCACACUCAUGUCCGCCCUCCCUCUGUUGGGAUGGACACUGCAGAAGGAGGAGGCUCAGCUAAGCCCGGCACUGGCACAGAGAUACUGCUCUUUGCGUCUGAUGAAUCAUGGACCCCACUUGGUGUUCAUGAUUCUCUUCACACUCAUCUACUUCCUGUGUCCUGUCCUUAUCAUCCUGGUGGUGUACUGCAACAUGUUCAAGGUGGCCAGGGUGGCAGCCAUGCAGCAGGGCCCUGUGGCCACAUGUGUGGAGACCUCACAGCCACGCUCUGAGUCCCUGAGUAGUCACUCCAGCACGGCAGCCAGCCUUGGAGGGACGCGGGACACGCCUCAGAGGAAUUUCAGUGGUGGCAAAGCUGCUGUUGUGCUGGUGGCCAUCGGGGGUCAGUUCCUAGCCUGCUGGCUACCUUACUUCUCAUUCCACCUCUAUGCUGCCAUCAUGUCACCCUCUCUUGCUUCCCUGGCCCAAGUGGAAGGCAUGGUCACCUGGUUUGGUUACUUCUGCUUCACGUCCAACCCUGUCUUCUAUGGCUGCCUGAACCGGCAGAUCCGGGAGGAACUGGUGCGGAACCUGGCCCGCGUCUUCAAGUGGGGGCGGCCGCACGAGGACAACCAGCUGCCCAGCAGGGAGGCCUCCAUCGAGGAGAACUUCCUGCAGUUCCUUCAGAGCACCGGAUGCAGCCUGCGGCCAAGGAACUCCCACAGCAUCUCUGUCCCUCAGCAGGAGCAGGAUGAUGCCUUCCCAGCUCACCACAGGCCCCCUGCGGAUUUCCACAUCCCUGGACAGAUCAUGGAGGAGACUUCAGAGUACACUGAUCAGCAGCAGCAGAAUGAGCUCAAAAUACCAGACAACUGUAUCAAAACAACAGCUGAGCUGCAGGGGUAAUAUAUAUUGAUAAUGAUUUUAUAUAUAUAUAUAUAUAAAACUUGUCUUUAAUCAUUAGAUGGGGCUAAUACUUGGCCACUUGGUCUGUAGAAUAAAACUUUAUGAAAGGCAUUUUGUCUGGAAGAAAUCAGCUGAUAACAAUUGCUAUGAGUAUGACUGACACAAAUCUCUGAUCUCUUCACCUCAUCAUUGCACCUAAUAAUCUUUUAUUGGCCCACCAAUUACAAGACUGUUAGAGGUCGCCUGUUACAAGAUUCAGACCUUUCUAGCUUAAUUAUCAUUUGCCAUUAGGACUGUAGACUGAUGGACUAUCAAAGGAGACUUGUAACAUGAUGUAUCCUUGUCUGAUGCAUUUUAAUGCAGAUUUAUAAAUGAAGCAAGAACUAAAUAUGUGCAUGGAUAAAUAUGUGUGCCUUUCUAGGUUGUCAGCGGAUGGAAAGGGACAGAAUAAGAGCUUUAGUGUAUUUAAGCAUUGGUGUAUAGAAAAAACAGAUGUUGAUUCAUAUGCAACUAUUGCAUAAAUAUAAUAUUUUUCAAAUUGUUCUAGUGGAACAUCUGUUUGUUUCAGAACAACAUAUCGAGUCAUACUUCCCACUCCUUGUGACAUGGUUAACCCAGCUGAGACCCCCAGGCUCUGAGCUGAUGAUCAGAGCAAUAGAACAAUCAGAUAAAAGGCUCACAUUAGGUCAGCUUUGAACAUGUGUCAGUACAAGAUCUUAUUUAGGUUGAUUAGUACUGAUCUGAAAGGAUCAGUUCAUUUUGACUCUCUCACAACACAAUGCAGCUGUCAGUUUCUUCCAUAGAUAAAACAGAAUGUCCUACCAACACUAUUAUUCCCAUUGUAACAUUUAUCAUUUCCAGAUUUCUGGCCAUAAAUUAUACAUUUAUCUCUUAAAGGGCCCCUAUCCUACAUUUUUGUUUUAUGUUCUUCCAUGAUAUCCACUUACAAGGUUUGUGUGACUUUACGUUCAAAAAUAAUUUAUAAUUAGUUUUUACAUGACUUUCAAACUUCUCUUUAUCCCUUCUAAUUAAACAGGCUGUUACUGUACCAUCAAGACAGAUAGAAGAUAAAUGGGAUGUAUUGGUUGUCCUGUACUGCAGCUCAUUCAAAAAGAGCUCAGAACUGAAACACCACUGAGAAAUGCAGUGUAAGUGCUGUAUGCUGAAUAGGCAGGAAUACAUAAAUGAAUAUGUAAAUGUAAAUAUGAUUGUUCUCAUUACAGCAGAGAAACUGAUUUCCAAACAGGCUGUUUCUGCAGUUUAAAUUCCAUAUAUGGACUUGGGGAAUUGAACAGUUUGUUUGGAAAUUUUAACAACAUUUACAUAUUAUUUCAAAAUUCUUUAUUUCAAAAAGUGAAAGAGAUUCAGUUUUCCAUGAUAGAGGCUCUUUAAAAUUUGAAUCAAAUUCAUGGCCAUUUCUGAACUACUGAAUUCUUCAAAUUGUUUUUGUUAUAUAUUAUAGGUUCAGUAAUGAAAGAAAAGGAAAGUGCAAAGAAAAUAAAUAAAUAGCUCCUAAUGAAGCAAAACACCAAACUGACUGUACUUAACAGUAAAGUUUUAUUUGGCAGUCUGGUUAACCUGUGAUUUGUGCUAUUUAAACAAAUAAAAAAUAAUACUUGUGACAUCUGAACUGCCAUCAGCUUGCUUUGGAGAAAAAUGUCAGUGGUCUCAUAAGGUUAACCAUAAGGUACUGCAGCUUGGUUUGCUCUGGAGAGAUAGGGGUUCUUGUGGCUGUGAGUAGACACUGCCCACUGUCAGUAUCAGUACUGUUGUUUAGGGGUAAAUCCUUCUCUGUUCCCUACAGUAUAAAACUGUUUUGCCAUAAGCAGUCUCAACUUGUUGCGGCUACAGCACACAAUAAAGGCAAUACUUAUAUGUGGUAAGAGUUGCUUUUUUGCAUUCCCUUACCAGUAAGCUGCACAGUCCAAUUUCUCCACUCCUCUCUCCUACUUCAGAGAAUAGUAGGAAACUAUUAAAAAUUCAGAAUGCAUUCUUUUUUAUUUCUUUGUUUCUUUUCUAAAUUUAAUGUUACAAAUACUGUAGCUGGUUUUGGACAGAGUAAACCAAUUUGUGAAUUAUAAAGAGUGAAAAUAUCAAAACAAAAAUAGACAGAAUUUUUAAAAACUCUUGUGCAACAACAUAUCAAAAUGUUGAAUAAAGUAUCUAUCACCUUAAACAAUUUUCACCGAAAAACUGAUAAAAUACAUUGACUGAUGAAUAAUUUGUUAUUAGGUUUGGAAAGCACCGAUCAUGAAGAUAGACUUUGUUAGAAUACUUGAAUCACACCAGGUUCAUUCACAACAAGCUGUUUCAAAUGUGCAGCCAUGUACUUAAGAUAAGAAACUUUGGGAUUUCAGCACCAAAACUCCUCUCACAAAUCCACAAUUUAUCUACAGUGAAC